UGUCCACUCCCCUGGACUCUGGGAGCCCAUCUUGAAACUCCAGACCGAGCAAUGAAGAUACCUCCUCCCAAAGGGCCUCCUGUUUCCUUUCUUGAGACCUAAUUCUGAUUUCUUUUUGCCUUUCCAAUCUCCCCAAUAGCUUUUGAAUAUCAGAGUUCCCUGAUUAUGCCUUCCUCAUCCUUCACCCUUACAGGAACAUACCAUUGACUCUCUGGGAUAAUGUUUAAAAUGGCUUCCACUUCCUAGCUGUAGCCUGCCAGAUUCCGUUUCUCUCCCUCACUCUCACUCUCUCCCUCGCUUUCUGACCAUCUGCUGGUAUCUCAUACCCUCUCUCUACUCUCUUCAUCCCCACCUCUCUCUUUCCCCUACCCCCUCUUUCCCUCUCACUCCAGCCCCCAUCCCUUCUCUGUCACUUACCCUCUCUCUCCUAACUCAAUCUCAAACCUCUUCUCCUUCCACUCUUUCACUCUCCAUCUCCCAUCUUCUUUCCCUCACCCUCUCUCUACCUCUCCCUUUCUCUCCCACACGUUUGCUAUUUCUUGCUCUCUCCACAUAUCUUCCUUUCUCUCUUAAUACCCCUCUCUUCUUGCCCUGUUGCCCCCAUCUCUCCCCCUCUCUCUUAUAUCUUUCCUCUCUCUCUCGCUCAAACCUCUCUGUCUCUCGCCAUCCCUCUUCUCCCUCACAUUCACUCUGGUACCCCACUCUCCUCUCACCCCUUCUCUCUCUCACACACCCAAUCCCAACCUGUGUCUCACUUCCCUUCACUCUGCCCAUCUCCUAUCUCCCUCACACACUCCUUCCUCUUUCCCUUCCUAUCUCCCUCUCCCUCCUCCCUUCUAUCUCUCUCUCUCUCCUUUCCUAUCUCUCUCCUCUUCCAUCUCUCACUCUCUCGCAUUUACUCUCUGUUUCUCUGUCUCUCACUCUCUCUCCUCCCUUCCCUCCCUCUCAUUAGCACUUCCAGGAGCCGGGUGGCCGGUGAUGAGAACCAGUUAUUCAGAAGCUCCCCCGGGUCCCAGAGUUGUGAAAUCAGUGGUUGCUGUGAUCAGCGAGAGGCUGCAGGCAGACAGAACCCAGGCUGCUGUCAAUUAAACUGAGGGCGAGAGAACACAACAUGAAGGCCCUGCUGUCCAUCUGCCUGCUGCUGACCCAUGCGAAAGGGAAUGCCCGUCACUGCCGUUGGGGUCCCUUCACCCCAUGGAGCGAGUGUGAGGGUUGCAACCACACACAGAGCCGCUGGAGAGCAGUAGCCGAGUUUUCGGAGUUCGGAGGCAAGCCCUGCACUGGCGAACGGUUCGAGAUGCGAUCCUGUACACCCACCCGGGGCUGCCCCAUGGAGGAGGGCUGUGGGGAGAAGUUCCGCUGUGCCUUAGGUCAAUGUAUCAGUCAGAACCUGGUGUGUAAUGGGGACGAGGAUUGUGAGGGAGACGGCUCCGACGAGACCGGCUGUGAUGAAUGGAGAAUGGCCUGUGACAUCGAUAAGCUUCCACCUCAGGCCGAGCUCACUGGAAAUGGUUUUGAUAUUAUCAAGGGUGAGUUUCGAAGGCCUGUCAUCAACACCAAGUUUUUCGGGGGGACCUGCCGGAAGGUCUUCAGUGAGGACACUCGGAACUAUUACCGGCUUCCACAGAGCCUCCUCCGGUACACCUUCCAGGUGCAGGUGAAGAAUGAUUUCAAUUUCCAAGCCUACGAGAGUAGUUGGUCCUACAUGAAGCAGGAGUCGGGCUCGUACUCUGCCUCGGGUCGCAGCACUUUCUCCAGCUACAACGAGGCAUACAACACGUUCAGAGACAAAAACAACCAGAAGUCAAAGGAGCAGCUGUACCUGAAGGUGGAGAAUGAGGUGGAAGUGGCGCAAUUUGGCAACGAGAGGCCGGACCGGCUGCCUUUACCGAGCGCUUUCCACCGCGAGCUGCUGCAGCUCCCCGCCGUCUACGAGCGAAAUGCCUACCGCCGCCUCAUCGAGCUCUACGGCACCCACUACCUCCGGCGUGGCUCCCUGGGCGGCCGAUACCGCCUGCUCUUCCUCAUCGACAAGGAGCGACUCAGCAACGCAGGGAUCACGAAGGAGGAUAUGUCGAAAUGCUCACAGACCUCCAUCAACCUGUUCUUCAUCAAGUACCACAGCGGGAAGUGCAGGAAUUACCAGAAUGCUCUCCAGACUGCCUUGGGCAGUCAUACGGGGAAGGCAGAGGGCCUGUCCUCCACGGUGGGUGGACGAGCUGCCUUCAUCGCUGCCCUCAGCCUUGUGGACAUGAGGAAUCCUCAGGCCAACAGUGACGUGUACCAGCGCUGGGCUGGAUCCGUCAGUCAAAACCCCGUCAUCAUCAAACAGCAGCUGGCACCAUUGGAUGAGCUGGUGAAGGAGGUACCGUGUGCAGGGGUGAAGAGACUUUUCCUCCGCCGGGCACUGGCCGAGUACGAAGCCGAGGUUAACCCGUGCCGUUGCAGGCCCUGUGCCAACAAUGGCCAAGCCCUGGUCAUUGGCUCCAGCUGCCAGUGCUUCUGCAAACCCUACACGUUCGGACCGUUGUGUCAGAGGGGUGUCCUGGCUCAGGAACGGGAGAGCGGGACUGGAGUAGACGGAGGCUGGAGCUGUUGGAGUGGAUGGAGGGAGUGUCAGGGAGGACAGAGACACCGAUCCCGUAACUGUAACAACCCGGCGCCAGGCCCCGGUGGGAGAGCAUGCACGGGCCAGCACCAGCAGUCUGAGGCCUGUCCAGACUCCGAACUGGAGUAUCUACGCACGGUGGAGCCACACUGUUUCGAAGAGCAGGAUGGUCCAAUAAGAGGUUGUACUGCACCUCCCCAUCUGGAGAAUGGGUUCGUUCAGGAAGCUCAGAGUGUUUAUACAGUGGGAACUCACGCUAUGUACGUGUGCCAUGCUGGCUACUACCUGUCAGGAGGCGAUGGAGCAGUGAGGUGUGGGGAAGACCUACAGUGGGAGCGCAAUGAACUUCGCUGUUUGCGGACAGAAUGCGUCCCACCCGUGGUGGGCCCCGGAGUGGUGGUCUCUCCUUCCAAACCCAGCCACAAAAUUGGGCAGAGGAUCUCCCUGUCCUGUUCUGCGUCCCUGGCCUUGCAUGGUCCCACCAGCAUCACAUGCGGCCCCAGUCUGCUCUGGGACCCUGAUCCGCAUGAAACCAGGUGUGAGUCAGUCCCUGAGGAGGAGGAGGUCAGUCCACAACCUCAAUGUGCCCCAUGGAAGAAGCUCGUGCAAAUGGAGUGUGUCUGCAAAUUGCCUUACGAGUGCAGUGCCUCUCUGCCAGUCUGUGUGAGGGACAGAGGGAGCGGCCGUAACGUGCUGUUAACCUGGUGUAAACUACAGUCGCUGCAGUGCCUCGGCCAAGCCUUCGACUUGGCUGCAGACGCAGACUGCCCAGCCCCAGCCCCUAUGGCCAGACGCUGCGGGGCCUGCGCGCCCUGGGAGACGUGUGACGCCCAGAGUGGCAGCUGUGUGUGCUCGGAGUUGGCGGAGUGUCCACAGCUGGGGAUUGAGUUUUGUGCCGAGCUGGAGGACAGCGAGGGUGAGCAGACCCUUAGCGAGUGUCAGGCCGCUGUCCGGCAGUGUCGGGGUCAAGCCUUCACCCUCACCGCCUCGCAUCCCUGCCCCUGACCACCGGGCACCUCCUCUCCCUACACUGUCCAUAUAGCCUCUCCCAAUCCCUCCCCCUACACUGCCCACCAUUCAUGCCCCUGGCACAGUCCGCAACACACCUCUCCAUUGCUCUAGGCUGACACGCUACCCCCUUCCCCACCACCUGAUACCCACAUCUUCCUCACAGCCCAACAACUCCCUCCACAAACCUCCACAUCCUACCUUCUCUCCCCCUCAAACCUUUGUUCUUUCUGCCUCCAAGCCUCACCCUCCCUCAAGUCAAGUUAAUUAUCAUUUAACCAGCUAUGGGCACAGCGAAUAAAACAGCACCCUGGGCCAGUGGGGCAAAGCAGGUAGAAUAGCACAUUCAAAAUAUCGAGCAAAGAAGCAAAUUCACUGUACAAAAACAUAAAUAGUCUAGGACCCUGAGUGACAAUGUCCAGCAAUCGAUGGUAGAGUCUCCCGGCAACGUGAUUCCACAGCUCAAACACAGGGGGCAGCAAUGACAGGCCCACAGCCGAGUGCGGACGCCAUGCUGUAGCACUUCCACGUCUCUCACCUGGUCUGCAGCAGCUGGCUAGCCCAAGGCUUGAGGCUUAGUUCUCACUACAGCUGAGGCCACACAGCUCCCAUGUUGCCUGUCCCACCACCAGACAAGGGUAACAGGCCUGUGGCAACUUACAUUAUCACUGUCCAACGGUGUCCUGCGAUAUCAAGUGUAACGUCCAAGGCAAUUUCCCACGGUUUUACUGCACCAAAUCCGACGUUUCUGAGUAGCGGGCUGCAACAUGGACUGCAGCCAGGUCAGCUCCUCCACACCCAAACUGGCUCCUCCGAUACCCCAACCAUCUCCUUUCCAGUCGCAAGACCAUAAGACAUAGAAGCAGAAUUAGGCCAUUCAGCCCAUCGAGUUUUCUCCACCAUUCCAUCAUGGCUGAUCCUGGAUCCCAUUCAACCCCGCACACCUGCCUUCUCACCAUAUCCUUUGAUGCCCUGCCCGAUCAGGAAAACAUUGACUUCCACCUUAAAUAUGCACAUGGACUUGGCCUCCACCGCAGUCAGCGGCAGAGCAUUCCACAAAUUCACUACUCUCUGGCUAACAAAAUUCCUCUUUACCUCUGUUCUAAAGGGUAGCCCCUCAAUUUUGAGACUGUGCCCUCUAGUUCUGGAUACCCCCACCUGAGGAAACAUCCUCUCCACAUCCACCCUAUCUGGUCCUUUCAAUAUUCAGUAGGGUUCAAUGAGAUCCCUCCGCAUUCUUCUAAAUUCCAGUGAGUACAGGCCCAAAGCUGCCAAACGCUCCUCAUGUUAACCCCUUUAUUCCCAGAAUCAUCGUUGUGAACCUUCUCGGAAGUUUCUCCAAUGACAACACAUCCUUUCUGAGAUAUGGGCCCAAAAACUGUUGACAGUACUCUAAGUACGGCCUGACUAGUGUCUUAUAAAGACUCAGCAUUAUCCCCUUGCUUUUACAUUCUGUUCCCCUUGAAAUUUUUUACUCAGAGAGUGGUGAGUGUGUGGAACGUUCUGCCGGCAACGGUGGUGGAGGCAGACACGAUAGGGUCUUUUAAGAGACUUUUGGAUAGGUACAUGGAGCUUGAGGGCUAUGGGUAAACCUAGUAAUUUCUAAGGUAGGAACAUGUUCCGCACAACUUUGUGGGCUGAAGGGCCUGAAUUGUGCUGUAGGUUUUUUUAAAAUGCCAACAUUGCAUUUGCCUUCUUUACCACAGACUCAAUCUGUAAAUUAACCUUCUUGCACGAGGACUCCCUUAGUCCCUCAGCACCUGAUGUUUGAACCUCCUCCCCAGUUAGAUAAUAGUCUGCACCAUUGAAAUACCCUGGUUCCCUUGGCUGCGUAAGCCUAGGGAAGACAAUCUCCAAACUCGUGAGAUUGAGGUGCCUCGAUCCCACCCUAAACCCCAGUUUCUGUGGAUACUGUGUCAUUUACUACCCUGUUUCAAAUUAAUGCCAAGAAAUAACAGAUGUUACACUGCAUACGAUUAAAUGAAUUAUGUUUAUGGAUCUUCACUGAAGGGUUAGUGCAGAAUAACAAAAAGAAAAGGGCCCAUUCUAAUUAAACCGUCAAACGUGCACAAGUUGGAGCUCAUCUUGAACUUCUCUGUCGCUCACACACUGGACCCUCAACUGGUCAACGUGAAAGCACACAUCAGCUUCCGAACGUCGCUCGCAGUCCGCCUGGGACAAGCGGGUCUCCCACAGGAUCAUACGCUUCGACUGGUUCUCCCCAGCAUCUUCUCUCUUCAUCUCCUCUCGAACAAAAACCCCAAGCCCAACCUCAGUGUCCCUCCCCUGAAUCCAACUAUUCUAAUUGGAUGGCACACAUUUCUCCUUUCUUAAACAUAAGCUGAAAACAAGCUGCUCAAAAUGAGAUACAUACAGCGUAACAGUAGUAAACAUGAACCAUGGUGUUACACUACUGUUCCAUUUACCAAAAUCCAUUAUCGUACAUUUCCCAAUUCCAUCUGCCACAUUUUUGCUCAUUCUUCCAAUUUGUCUAGGUUCUGCUGGAAUCGCAUUGCUUCCUCAGCACUACCUACUCCCCCACCUACCUUCGUAUCAUCCGCAAACUUUGCCACAAAGCCAUCAAAUCAUUGACAGACAAUGUGAAACGUAGCGGUCCCAAUACUGACCCGAGGAACACCACUAGUCACUGGCAACCAACCAGAAAAGGCCCCUUUAUUCCCACUCGCUGCCUCCUGCCUGUUAGCCACUCCGUUAUCCAUGCCUGUAGCUUUCCUGUAACACCAUAGGAUUUUAUCUUGUUAAGCAGCCUCACGUGAGGCACUUUAUCGAACACCUUCUGAAAAUCCAGGUAAAUGACAUCCACUGCCUCUCCUUUGUCCACCCUGCUUGUUACUUCCUCGAAGAACUCUACAAGAUUUGUCAGGCAAGAUUUCCCUUUACAGAAACCAUGCUAACUUGGACUUAUUUUAUCAUUAGUCUCCAAGUACCCUGAAACCUCAUCCUUAAUAAUGGACUCCAACACUUUCCCAACCACUGAGGUUAAACUAACUGGCCUAUAAUUUCCUAUCUUUUGCCUUCCUCCCUUCUUAAAGAGUGGGGUGACAUUUGUAAUCUUCCAGUCCUCCGGGACCAUGCCAGAACCAAGUGAAUCUUUAAAGAUCAUGACCAAUGCAUCUGUUAUCUCUUUAGCAACCUCUCUCAGGACUCUGGGAAGUAGUCCAUCUGGUCCAAGUGACUUGUCCACCUUCAGACCUUUCAGUUUGCCCAGCACUUUCCAGACAGUCUCCUCUGAUAUCCUGGCCAACUCUUCCAAACCAAAACGACUCCUUCCCCGAUGUCCCGACCAACUCCCCCAAUUUCCUGACCGAUUCCCUCCCGAUAUCCCGACCGGCCCUGCCACUUACAUCAGUCCAGCUACUUCAAUCGACGAGCAGCUCACUGAGGGAGCCCUGCGGUACCCACCGUUCUUGGAGUUGAAUUGUCUUUGGAUCGUAAAAAACAAAUCUCACCAAGUAAAAAGCACCUUUGGUCGGCCCUGAGAGGGCGCUGUGGCUCUCAGUGAAAGUCCAGUUCAUUCUUCCCCCUGUCACUGACUCCCUUCAUCACAAUAAAUGUUCAGUCACCUUA